CUUCAUUUCAAUACAACUUCUAUACAGAUGCGCGGGAGUGUCCGUGGGAGACAGUUUCACAGCAGCUGCUUGUUUUCCCAGAAAAUUCAGCAACCCAUCAGCAGACUCCAAGCCACAGAAGGCUCAAAGAAAAACCCGUACCCGUCAAAGAGAACGUUAGCCCGAAAGAAGAACAAAUUCUUCAAAAGCCAGUCGCAGGCUCGUGUCGGAUCUGACACAAAGAAAUGGAACAUGGUCAUCACCACCCACAUGCGCAAUGGUCAAUACGACUCUGCUUUUUCCGUAUUCAAUACGAUGCCACGCAGAUGCUCGGUUUCCUACAACGCCAUGAUAUCUGGGUAUUUGUUAAAUGGCCGUUUUGAUCUUGCAGGAGAUUUGUUUGAUAAAAUGCCUGAAAGAGACUUGGUUUCUUGGAACGUAAUGUUGAGUGGGUAUGUGAGGAAAUGCGACCUUUCCACUGCACGUGCCUUGUUUGAGAGAAUGCCGGAAAGGGAUGUUGUCUCUUGGAAUGCUAUGUUGUCUGGGUAUGCUCAAAAUGGGCUCCCUAAUGAGGCAAAGGAAAUUUUCAGUAGAAUGCCGGUUAAGAAUGACAUUUCAUGGAAUGCGUUGCUUUCAGCAUAUGUGCAUAAUGGAAGGAUAGAGGAAGCACGCAGGUUGUUUGAGUCGAAGAAUGAUUGGCAUGUGGUUUCUUGGAAUUGUUUAAUGGGUGGAUAUGUGAAGAGAAGUAAGUUAGUGGAUGCGAGGAGGCUUUUUGAUGGGAUUCCUGUCAGAGAUGAAGUUUCAUGGAAUACUAUGAUCACGGGUUAUGCCCAGAAUGGGGAGUUAAAGGAGGCACAAAGGUUGUUUGAAGAGUCUCCCACAAGAGAUGUGUUUACCUGGACAGCAAUGAUUUCAGGGUAUGUACAAAAUGGGAUGUUAGAUGAAGCAAGAAGAAUUUUUGAUGAGAUGCCAGAAAAGAAUUUGGUUUCCUGGAAUGCAAUGAUCGCAGGAUAUGUGCAGUCUAAGAAGAUGGACCUGGCAAGGGAGUUGUUUGAGGCAAUGCCUUGUCAGAAUGUUACUUCUUGGAAUACGAUGGUCACAGGAUAUGCUCGGAGUGGUGAUCUUGCUCAUGCGAAAAAAUUGUUUGAUAGGAUGCCUAGGCGUGACUCAGUCUCCUGGGCAGCUAUGAUUGCUGGCUAUGCUCAAAGCGGUUAUUCUGAAGAAGCUUUACAUCUUUUUGUGCAGAUGAAAAGAGAUGGGGAAAGGUUGAAUAGGUCCUCCUUUAUCUGCUCUUUGAGCACUUGCGCCAAUAUUGCUGCUCUGGAAAUGGGUAAGCAGUUGCAUGGGCAGCUGGUCAAGGCUGGGUACGAGACUGGAUGCUUCGUGGGCAAUGCACUUCUAGUUAUGUAUUGUAAGAGUGGAAGCAUAGAUGAAGCAUACGAUGCUUUUGAAGAUAUAGCAGAUAAGGAUGUUAUCUCAUGGAACACAAUGAUUGCUGGUUAUGCGAGGCAUGGGUUUGGCAAAAAGGUUCUAAUGGUUUUUGAGUCAAUGAAAGCAAUGGGUAUCAAGCCAGAUGAUGCUACUAUGGUUGCUAUUCUAUCUGCUUGUAGUCAUACUGGCUUGUUGGACAAGGGGAGAGAAUAUUUUUAUUCAAUGACUCGAGAUUAUGGAAUCACAGCAAACUCAGCCCACUAUACUUGCAUGAUAGACCUUCUUGGUCGUGCCGGCCGCCUGGAAGAAGCCCAGACUUUAAUGAAAAACAUGCCUUUUGAGCCGGAUGCUGCGACAUGGGGUGCUUUACUUGGUGCAAGUAGGAUUCAUGGUAAUACUCAAUUAGGUGAAAAGGCUGCUCAGGUAGUUUUUGAAAAAGAGCCCGAUAACUCAGGAAUGUAUGUUCUCCUGUCAAAUUUGUAUGCUGCUUCGGGUAGAUGGGAUGAUGCUGGCAAGAUGAGAAUUAAAAUGCGAGACAAAGGUGUGAGGAAAGUACCAGGGUAUAGCUGGCUUGAAGUGCAAAAUAAAAUUCAUAGCUUCUCAGUUGGGGACUGCUCCCACCCAGAAACGAAAAGGAUAUAUUCCUUCUUGGAAGAGUUGGAUUUAAAGAUGAAGAAGGAUGGUUUUGUAUCCACUACAAAGUUAAUUUUACAUGAUGUGGAGGAGGAGGAGAAGGAGCAUAUGCUCAAGUAUCACAGUGAGAAAUUAGCUGUGGCAUAUGGAAUUCUGUCUAUACCGGCUGGAAGGCCAAUUCGUGUGAUUAAGAACUUGCGGGUAUGUGAAGACUGUCAUAACGCAAUGAAAUAUAUAUCCAAGAUUGUUGGAAGACUAAUAAUCUUGAGAGAUUCUAACCGUUUUCAUCACUUUAGUGGUGGAUCUUGUUCUUGUGGGGAUUACUGGUGAUGAAGUGGAAAAGCUUGCAUGUCUCCUCUCCAAACCUGUCAAACCCUUUUAUAUCAACUUGCAUUGAAUUUUACAAGGGGAAAAAAGAGUGGAUAUUUCAUCCAUAAGAAACGGAAUCCAUAUAUUCUAUCUUCGGAAGGAUCAGUUUGUGUUUACAUGAAUUAACUGCUGACAGUUGAGUUGUGCAAAUUUCUUACGUCAAAGCUUCUGGCAUUUGAGGGAUGCCAUAAUAUCUUAUGUCCCCCCACUGGGGCCUUAUUCUGCACAGACCAAGUAAUUCAACAUGUUUUGGGAGCUUCGUUUAACAGAUGGGGCAAGAUGAGACUUCGUCUGCAUAGAAUUUCAGAAAAAUGUGAACAUGGCAUAUAUGUUUCCAUUGCAGAUGCCAUACCCCAUGGAGAAGGCAAGUCCUUCCUGGCUUCACCAUGGUUUCAAGUUUUGUUUUCAAUUCCUUGCCAAUAACAUCUGGAUGUCCAGAAUAAGUUGAAUACAUGUUUCUUUAAACGAUUCAGGUCUCUGCUAUUGAGAGAAGAAAGAUUAUCCUUGCAUCUUGGUCUUUUAAACUUAUAUCUGCCAGUAGUUUGAGCUAUAGCCAGCAACUUGAACAACUCAGAAGAGCAUUGAGAAAAAUUCUCUUGUUCCACCUGAAAGUGUAGGAUUGUGCUGCACAAAGGUUUAAUGUACCAUCUUUUAUCGCUAUGAAUUCCUGUUUGAAUUCUCUUUAGCCAUUUUUUAAUGUUUGUGCUUCAGUGUCAUUUGGCUUUAGGUAUUUCAUGUUCAGUUCUCCUUUCAAUUUUAAAGUGCUGUCCGGACAGGAAUUCAUGCUAUCCGGACAGCAGGCGCAGAUUGAGUUUUGCAAAAGAUAGGUUUUAUUUUGUAGGUUUUUAUGAUUGAGUUGUAAACACUUGUGAGAGCCGAAAAUAGAGAGAGUGCUUGAGAGAGCAAGAUAGCAAUUAGGGUGAGCUUGUUCUCCUUGUGAUUGGUGAGACUCUCAACUUGUAAUCUUCUCCAACAUAGUGAAUACUGGAUCUCUGUUACCUGUGGAUGUAGGCUUUUGCCGAAGCAUGUAAAUCUUGUGUUCUUUAACGUUUAGUCAAUCUCUACAAUUGUUCUAGCUUGGAUUCGUGAUUGGUUUAGUCAAUCUCUUGCGUGCAUAGUCUGUGGGUUUGGUUUUGCACAACAUUCUUGUCAUAUAGUGUCUAUUUGCUAUGCUUUAUCAAUUUUCUCUUUUCAAAAAUCCCAUAUUCAAAGGGAGUUCUCAUUGCACUCGUGUUCCAUGACAUUCAGUUUUGUUGUGCCUAAUAUUGUUGUUAAAUUGAAUAGUUAACCGCAACUUGUUUUCUAUAGAGGUAGCUUGUACAGAUUACUUCACCAUCCUAACAAUCAAUUACAUGAGCGGAGACGUCUGAGGAUGGCAUUUGACGCUGUGUCAUUAUGUUUUACUCAACAUAUUUUCCAAUUUUAUUUGGCAAGGAUGUCUACUUGGUGAUUUCAGCGAGAAUGACGUUUGUCUUUCUACAAUUGUUUUUUCAGGCUCGGGAUAUGCGAUUUUGGAUUGUUAUGGAUGAAGCACAGCACGUUUUUAUCUUCAAGAUCAAUGGCCGGGACAUUCAGCUGUGCUAAAUAAUUAUCUGCUUACUCCCUUGAAAUUCAAUUUGUUGGAAUGUUUCUUUGACUGGAUAAUUGGCUCCUGGACAUGCAAGUAACUAUGUCUUGGAUAACUCCUCUUCAGGCAUAGUGGAUGGCUCCUUAAGUGUUGAGAAAUGAACCUUCAGAUGAGAACUUCGGGUGGGUCGUAUUAUGAGAGCUCUGUACAUUGUGCAGUAGGAUUUCAACAUCGCAGACUUGACAUUCCAGAGUUUAUGGAUCCUGCCGUUGCAGAUAUCAUUAGGCAGUGCUGGCGGACGCGAGUAUCUUCGACUUGUUUCCUUCUCUUCUAUUUCUUAUCUUCUGCUCAAACCUGUAGAUUUACUGCCUUAAAUUACCUUAGAUUAUGCAUGGUGAAGCACAUAGAUUGCUGGGAAUGAUAGUUGAGCAUUUUAACAUGACAGGGAUCCAAAAUUGAGGCCGACUUUUGCGGAGAUCAUCGCUGCGCUGAAGCCAAUACUGCAGAAGCCGAUAACAAGUUCACAAUUGCAUGGAACAAGUGCCAGUGGACAUGAUAAAGGACAGCAAUCUCAAGCAGCAGAAGACCUGGCAAGCUAAAGUAUCAAAGCACACAGGACUCUGAAUCUCGGCUUAUUCGUCAGAAUUCGCGGGAACAUCCCGGUUACUGUUUGGAUCAAGUGUGAGAAAGAGACUUGUCCCAGAUCAUGACCCAAAGCACACUUCAAAUUAGAUGAUGUGAUUCUUUUUCUUCACAUUUUCCUUUCCCCUUCUUUUUCAUGUAGCCAUCAAAGGUUGUUUAUUUCAUAUGGUUAAAUGAAGCCACAUUAAGUUGUACAAGGAUG